UUAAUUUAACAACACAACAAUGUGAUUUGGAUAUAUUCAAUUAUUUAAGUGCGUUACGUAAUGGAUUUGCAUGGGCAAUGAGAAUUAAAGAUGCAAGCGGCCAAUACAAUGGUGGAUUAUUUUGGGGUAACGAUUAUUGGCUUGGUUCAGCGGCAUUAUGUAAUAAAUUGGAUAAUGGUAAUAUGUUGUAUUAUAAACAUCAUACCUUCAACUUAAAUAGUAGUCUUGACCAACCAUUGGAAGAUCCAGAAUUUGUAAUUACAUAUGAGAAACGAACAAUAUACAAACGUAAUCCAUACGAUAAAUUUUCAAUACCACCGUUUCGAUUGAUGUUUUCGACUGUAUUUUUUCGUGUAAACAUUUCAGAUACACAAAAUCGAGAAAUGUUUUUUAUAACACAAGGACUAUGUUUACCACAAAGUUGUACUGCAAAGGAUAUACACAAAAUUUUUAUGUUCAGUGCCAACAUCAACAAUAAAAAUUUACAACGAAAUGUUAAUAUCCUUAAAAUUCGACAGUUAAAUGGUGAAUAUUCAAUAUGGAACGAUUUAAAUUUUUAUUUAAAAAUUAAAAAAUCGAAUGGUGAGCAAACAAUGUCUUGUCAUAAUAAUAAUGUUAAUACCAAAAUGGCAUGUGGUAUGAAGGAGCCAUCAUCUGAUGAAUUAGAUAUUUAUUCAAGAAUUUUCUUAUGUUUUUCGUUGAAAGCAAAUGUAAUUAAAAUAUGUUCACCAGAUAUAGGUGAUGAUACACUAGCUCCUGUACAUGGAUUACGAUUGUAUAGUUUAAUUUGGGUGGUUAUUUGUCAUACUUGCUUAAUUGUUUUCCAAAUGUCUGAUAACAAAAAAUUUCGUAAUGAAAUUGAAAGUAAUGUAUUAUAUCAACUUAUUAGUAAUGCUACCUUUUCAGUAGAUACGUUCUUCUUCAUGAGCGGUGUUCUAGUCUCCUUUCUAUUUUUCCGUAUUAUGUCAAAAUAUACAAAAGAUCAACUGAUAAAAGCCAAAGGAUUUUUAGGAGACAUUUUUAUUUAUGUUAGCUUAAUUUUAUAUCGUUUCGUAAGAUUAACACCCCCGUAUAUUUUUGUGAUUGGUAUUUCAAGUAUUUCAACAAAAUAUCAUUUGAGUAAUUCAGUAAUUGAAUUACCAAGUUCAGAUCAUGUCAAUUGUGAUAAAUAUUGGUGGCGAAAUAUUCUGUAUAUUAAUACGUUUUUCCCAUCAAAUGAAAUGUGCAUGGUAUGGAGUUGGUAUUUAGCUAAUGAUACCCAAUUUUACACAAUUGGUAUUUUGAUUCUCUUAAUUUCCAUGCGACACAUUCGUCUUGCAGGAAUUAUAGUAGCCACACUUUUAAUAACAGCUUGGCUCACAACUGGUAUAGUUACUAUCAAAACAAAUUAUAUUCCUAGCACAAUUGAUCCAUUUUCGCAUUAUGACGAAUUAUAUGAUAAGCCAUGGACAAGAUUUGGUCCAUAUUUCAUUGGAAUUAUAUCUGGAUACAUUUUAAAUGCAAUUGAUUGUAAAUUGAAAUUAAAUCGAUGGAUUAGUUGCCUGUGUUGGAGUGUAGCUAUUGGUUUUAUGUUGUUCAUCUUAUUUGGAAUUUAUUAUAUAGAAAUGGAUCUUUACUCAUCGGCUGUUUAUGUAUCUUUAAGUCACACGAUGUGGGCAAUGUCUAUUGCAUGGAUAUUAUUUGCAUGUGUCUCCGGAUAUGGAGGUUGGGUAGAAAAAGUUCUAUGUUGGAAAUAUAUGUAUCCUUUUAGUCGUCUCGUAUAUUGCACAUACUUAAUACAUCCAGUAAUAAUAAAAAAUGUGCUAUUAAAUGCUGAAAGUCCACUGCAUAUCAGUAAAGAGAUAAUGGUUAUAUAUUUCUUAGGAUUUCUAUCAGCAUCAUUUUGUAUAGCAUUUAUAAUUUCAUUACUAUUCGAAGCACCAAUUGUUUCAUUAUUACAUUUCACGCAUCCAAUUAAAAAGACAUCAAUUAAAUCAGCAUCAAUUACACAGCAACAACAAAUACAUGUCAAUAAGGCUUUUGAUACUAAUGAAUAA